CUUGGUCUGCUUCCUCUGUCGCCACCAAGCCUUGAGGGUGAGGAUGCGGGAUCAGGAGGAUGAGAGGGUCGGCAUUUGGUCGGUCAGGAUGGGAUGUGGCGACAGAGGAAGCAGAAGGAGGCCAUAGGGUGAAGCAUGCUACCAUCUUCCCCCGAAGAAAACAGACGGUCAUUUUGCCUGUACUUGGCACAACUUUCAGUCCAGAUGCACACAGAAAAUGACAGCACGUUCUAUUCGGCUGAAGACGAGUUUUUAGGGUUUAGGAUUCUUCUGCACUGCGGCCUCUGGAUAAGGACGAAGGCCAGCAGCAUCAUCAGCAGAGUCAGAGUCACACGGCUGCAUGCUUAUGAUUGGCCUUGAACCGUUGAUUGGACACGUCUGCUUAUGAUUGGCCUUGAACCGUUGAUCGACUGGUUCGUGCAGGCGCACGUGUCCAGCUUUUUUUCAUUAUAGCGGUCUUUGGGUGGUGAUUCUUGCUGCUGUGGUGAUUCAUUGAACUUGGACGGAUUCGUUUUCUGAACGUCAGCCGCUUGGGCGGGAGGAAGCAUCAUAAUGGCCAGCGAGAGCCAGAAAGAGGCUUUUGUGGAGCUCCAAGGAAGACUCGUUGAAACUAAUGCCAAAUUAAAACAGGUCUCUCAGCAGUUGUUGGGCAAGGAGAGAGAGAAGCGGCGGGCCGUCAUCACAGGCCAGGAGCUGGAGGAACUCCCUGCCGAUACGCGGACAUUUCGGGCCAUAGAGCCGCGAAGACCUGAUAGAGGAAUUGGACACGGUGGUGGCAGACGCUGACAAGGAGACGGCAAAACUUCAGUCGAGGAAGGAGUACCUUGAGCGGCAAAUGAAGGAGAUUGAAAACAACUUCAGGGAGCUUCUCCAGCAAUCACCUGGUAUGGUGCAGCAGGUUAUGUCUAUGUAGAUGACAGGGCUGCGAAGAGCACUCUAUGUAGCAGGGAUCUUCUCAGGUGAUUGCUCUCUUAUCUAUCUCAGGAUUAACGGUCUUCUCUCCCAUUCUCCCCGCGUGCAGCCCUGUUUUCUUUCAGCUUCUUUGGCAGCUCUAGUGGUCUCCUUCCUCUCCAUAUCCUCUUUAGAACGAUUCAACCAAUGCUUUUGCAUUCUUACCUCUCUUGUCUGGCGCUCUACGUGGUAGACACUUUUGCAUUCAUACCCCUCUUGUCUGUCGCUCUACGCGGUAGACACUUUUGCAUCGCCUCGUAGUUGGCUUUUCGCUUAUGUCUGCUAAAGGAAGUCCACCAUGGGCCCAUGGUUAAGCUAUCUGGUUUAUCUUGGCCAGACAUCGUUUCAAAUUUUGAAGUUGUGCAUUUUGAUAUAUCCUGGAUUUGCGCAUCUCACCGUCUCCUAAGCCACGUUUUCUCCACGAAAAUGUUCCCGAUGGCGGGUUUUCAUAUUUGUAGUGUAGCGGAUUGGACGUGAGUCUGUGAGCAGGAGGUAGCCUUCUUCAGAACGUCAAUGUUGUCAUACAUUUGAUGUGAAGGCAACUGUUUGAAUGUCAAUUGUGGCGAUGAAGAUGAGAGGCUCUGAGAGCAAGCUGUAAGAAGAUGUGGACCUGGCUCUCAUAGGUUGUAUCGUGUGUACAACAGUGUCAGCACAGAAGAACAGUCUGCGACUCAUCAGGUCCACUCAUGCAAUGCCACUUCAGAGGGCUGUGUGCUUCCUCUUUGUGAAAUGCUUUCUGCAGCAUGGCUUAAGCUGCC